GGUAAAAUCGAAAUUGAGAUAAAAAUCAACCACGAGGGGGAAGUGAACAGAGCAAGAUACAUGCCUCAAAAUCCUUGUGUUAUUGCCACAAAGACCCCAUCUAGUGAUGUAUUGGUAUUUGAUUACACGAAACACCCUAGUAAACCUGAUCCAAGUGGAGAAUGCCACCCCGACCUCCGUUUACGUGGUCACCAGAAGGAAGGAUAUGGUCUCUCUUGGAAUCCCAAUUUGAAUGGAUAUCUUUUGUCCGCCAGUGAUGACCAUACAAUUUGCUUGUGGGAUAUCAAUGCUACACCUAAGGAACACCGAGUUAUUGAUGCAAAGACCGUGUUCACGGGACAUACUGCCGUCGUGGAAGACGUAGCCUGGCACCUUCUACACGAAAGUCUCUUUGGAUCGGUAGCUGAUGACCAGAAACUCAUGAUUUGGGAUACCCGUUGCAAUAACACCAGCAAACCGUCACACACCGUCGAUGCACACACUGCUGAAGUCAAUUGUCUCAGUUUCAAUCCCUAUUCCGAAUUCAUCCUUGCUACUGGAAGCGCUGAUAAGACAGUAGCUUUGUGGGACCUCAGGAAUUUGAAGCUGAAGUUGCAUAGUUUCGAGUCGCACAAGGACGAAAUAUUCCAAGUUCAAUGGUCUCCCCAUAACGAAACCAUCCUAGCAUCGUCUGGUACUGACAGGCGGUUGCAUGUUUGGGAUUUGAGCAAGAUCGGGGAAGAACAGAGCGCCGAGGAUGCGGAAGAUGGUCCUCCCGAACUUCUCUUCAUUCACGGAGGACAUACAGCCAAAAUAUCAGACUUCAGUUGGAAUCCCAACGAGCCCUGGGUUAUUUGCUCCGUAUCGGAAGAUAAUAUUAUGCAAGUGUGGCAGAUGGCAGAGAAUAUUUACAAUGAUGAAGAACCUGAACAACAAGCUUCAGAUAUCGAAGCCACUGCAAGUUGAAAUGUUAUUUGGCAUUGAUUUUUUUUGAUUAGGUACCUAUUUUAUUCAGUUCAUUGUUGUAGGAGUCAUUUUCUUAUUGAUCUUAGUUAUAAGUUUAUAAUAAAUCUGUUUGUAAUUUG